AGCUGCCAGCACUGGAGAGGAGGGAGGAAAACUACAGCUCCCAGCAGCCUGCCUGGGCAGCCGUGGAAGGGCAGGGUUCACCCUCGCGCCGACAGCAGCAGAGGAUUUAGGGCGCGUUCGGGAAAAGGACUGUCCGGCCCAGCCAAAGGGCCUCCGGGAAGGACAAGCCCCGGGGCCAUCGCAGGCCACCUCACUGCUUCUCUUCACAGCCCCAGCCGGCUCCAGCCCUGUCCAGGUCCACAGGUGUUCAGCUGCAGUUCCUGAGGCGAAGGCAGGAUGGUGGCCCUGCUGGGGGUAGGACUUGGUCAGCCACUCCACCAGCAGGGAGACAAAUCCCUGCACAAGCAAAGGAGAAAGUGAAGUAAAAGGUGCUGGGACCCCUCAGGAGAAAGAAAAUGGAAAAGAAUCCAAGUGUGGAUCUGCCUGGAGGUGGGCCAGCCCAGGAUGAGGUGGAGAGCACAGCAGAGCAUCCUGCACACCAGGAGCCCCCCAAAGAAACACUUGAGCACCAAGUGACAAGCAGGUGUUCUGAGACCUCCUGCAAACCAGAGGAGGACUCUUUGGUGAGUAAUCCACCAACUGCUUUUGGGGAAGAGGUGAAGCUUUCAGAUUUAGCUGGCCCCACAGUGGAGGAGAAGGUUCCUCAGGAAACCGAAGCAUCACUGGAAGAAUCUGUGGAGACAAGAGAUGAUGUCUCAAAAAGACCUCAGGAAGAAGAUGACUCAGACAGAGCCAUGGUGGCCCAAGACAAAAUGGACAGCAAUGGAGACAGCAAUGUCCUCCAGGAAACUCAGGAGGACCUGGAGAUAAACAGGCCAUGUGAAAGCUCCUGCACAGCAGAGGAAGAUGCUUUACAAAGAAGCAAGUCACUGAGCUCUGAGAGUAAAACGACACAUUCAGAUAUGAAUGCCACAGAAGAUGUCACCGGGGACCUCUCAGCAGAGGAGAGCACCAGCAUCCCUCUCCUAGGUCAGGAGCCAGGAGAGCACACAGAGCAAGAAACACAGGAAAGGGAAUCCUCAAGCACAUUAAGGAGCAGACAUGGGACAAAAGGACAUGCAGCCCCACAGCCAGAGGCUCAGCCAUGCUUGCAGAGCGUCACGGCUCAAAAUACAGAACAGAAGAAGACUAAAGAGUUCAACUUACUGAAAGGUGAGGAAAAGAAGCUUCCCUUGUGCGUUACUCGUCGACCAGAAGGCCCUGAUCCACCAGGAACAAGACUUGUCAUUCUGGGCCUCGCAUUGCUCAUCUUCUGCUUAUUCUUCUUCAACAACCCAACUGCCGAGUCCCAGCAGGCCCCCAGGAACCCCACGGUGGAGGCCUUCCUGUCCCACUUCAACAAGCUGCAGGACAAGUUUCCUGGGCAGAAUCCCCACUUGUGGCUUCGUGGGCGCAAGUUCUUGCAGAAGCACCUCAACACAUCCCAGCCCACGCAGCCGGCCAUCAUCAUCCUCACGGCUGCCCGCCAGGGCGAACGGACCUUGCGGUGCCUUAGCACCCACGUGGCUGAUGCCUACUCAGCCGCCCUACAUGCCAGCACGGUGCAGAUCGAUGGCAGGGAUGUAUCUGAGCUCCAGAGUGACGAGGCCAAGCUGAACAUGGACUUAGAGCUCAGUUCAGCUUUCCAGGCUGGGUACCGUGCUGCGGUGAUACACCGCUUCGAGCUGCUGCCGGCAGGGGCCACCCUCAUCUUCUACAAGUACUGUGACCAUGAAAGUGCUGCUUUCAAGGACGUGGCCCUGCUGCUGACGGUGCUGCUGGAGCAGGAGGUGCUGGAGACCCACAUCAGCUUCCAGUGGGUGGAAGAGAGGGUCCGCGACUUCCUCUGGGCCAAGUUCACCAGUGCCAGGACCCCCAGCUCCUACGACCACAUGGACUCUGACAAGCUGAGUGGGCUGUGGAGCCGCAUCUCCCACCUGGUCCUACCAAUCCAUCCGGUGCAGAACAUUGAGAAGGGGGGCUGCCACAUCCACACCAAAACCUAGGGACAGAGGCUGCCAGAGCCCUGGGAAGGACUGAAAAGUCAGUCCUGGCCAGCCCCAGUGCAGGCAGAGACACAAAUGAACAAGGAACUCACUUCGUAACACCCCCAUGUUAUUUCUCUACAAUUUGUUUCCCGUCCUUCCAUGGAAGAGUUCGACAGGUACAAAUUGAUCCAGGCCUUUUGGCCAGCUGAAGGUAAUAGACUGUAUGCUUCCUUCUGACAGGUGGGAAGAGCUGAUAUUUUAGACUGCUAGUUGCACAGGAGCACAUUACAAUGUGGGGAGGCAGGAGGAAAAACAGUACUUUGCAGGAAGUGGAACAAAGGAAGGUCAAAUUCCCUAAACCCAACAUUUUCAAGUCAUGCUUCAAAAAGAAAAUCAGUUUGCUAGUCAACGGUUUGAGCAGUCAGUCCUGAUACAGCUCUACUGACUGAUUUACACCCAAAGGUCAGAUCCUAAAUGCCAUCUGUUCAAACAAACCUGAAAUCCAGAAUUCCCCCAAACAUCAAUUACAAAAAAAAUUAAAGUUGUCAGCACUUAAACACUACACAAAAGCAGGGGAAUCCCACACCCAGAGCGGCCCUUAUGCCAUUCUGAAAACCGAGAACAAUGAAACACAAACCACUUCAUUAUGGCUCUGAUGGUGCGAAGCCUCAAGGGAUCACACACGUAAAGGAAGGAGUAAUAGAGUUUAACUUAAUGCUACCUCUUAAAAGAGUUCAGUUGUGAUCCGUUUGCCACCACAGGGCUACAAGCAUCUCUUUGGGCUGAUACCUCAGUCUUGGUCCUACAUGAUUCCUCUUCACCCAGGUAUCUGAUCUGCACUCAGGGCUGGAAGCCAUCGGAGGCAUCUCUAC